GUCCGCAGCGCGCGUGCGUCAACGUUUGUGAAGGCCUGUGUGUGUGUGCGUGACUAGCCAACGUGCUAAUCCAACAAUCGGACCGUUACAAAGAUUUUCAUAAUUAAUAACCUCCUCAUAACGACUUAUAACACUCAGAACGCCUCCCAGCUCGGGGUAUGUACACACGAACACGCCGCAGUUUGUUGUGAAUUCAUAUUUAGCCAAGCUCAGGUCGGCCCGAUUCACAUCCAGGAUGUCCUUCCCCCCUCAUUUAAACCGGCCGCUGUUGCCACCUCCCGGGUUGCCCCCUCAGUUUGCCGGCUUCCCCUCAGGAACUCCAAUGAUCCCAGUUCAUGUGGGCAUCAUGACCUCAACCCCUACAGUCAUGAUGCCUUCUGUGUCUGUGGUCAGUAAACCUCCGCUUGUUAAGAAGGACCUUAUCGCCAUGCGAGCCAAAGACAACGACGACAGCGGCCCCACCACCACAGUGUUUGUGGGGAACAUAUCGGAGAAAGCCUCGGACAUGCUGAUCAGACAGCUGCUGGCGAAAUGUGGAAUUGUCCUGAGCUGGAAGAGAGUCCAAGGAGCAUCUGGCAAGCUUCAAGCCUUCGGGUUUUGUGAGUACAAGGAGCCAGAGUCCACGUUGAGAUCGCUGCGUCUGCUCCAUGACCUGCAGAUCGGAGACAAAAAUCUGUUGGUGAAGGUGGAUGCGAAGACUAAAGCUCAGCUGGACGAGUGGAAGGCCAAGAAGAAGACUGCAAAUGGGAACAAGAAGGCUGAAGACGGAGGAGACGACGAGGAAGAGGUUCUGGACGAGGAGACGAAGAAGAAGGAUCAGAUUGUCAAAGGCGCCAUCGAUGGACUGAUGCGGGAAUACGCUGCCGAACUCAACGCGCCUUCACAGGACGAAGACUCACAGCGACGAAAGAGGAAAAAGGAGAAAAAAGAAGAGGACGACAUUAACACUAUUGACAUGGAGGAGGACAAGAGAGACCUGAUAUCUCGGGAGAUUAGUAAAUUUCGAGACACUCACAAGAAACUAGAAGAAGAGAAGGACAAGAGGGAGAAGGAGCGGCUGGAGUUUGAGCGGGAACGGAGGGAGCGGGAAAAAGAGCGAGAGCGGGAAAGAGAGCGGCGGGACCGCGAGAGGGAGAAGGAACGGGAGAGAGAACGGGAGAGGGAGAGGGAGCGAGAACGGGAGAGGGACCGAGAAAAAGACCGCGACCGCAGGCCGAGAGAGAGGGAACGAGACAGAGACUGGGACAGGGACAGGAGCCGCGACAGGACCCCCGAACGCAGCCGAUCCAGGGAGAUGAGUCGAGACCGAGACCGAGACAAAAAACGGGACCAGGAGGACGAAGAGGAGGCGUAUGAACGCAGGAAGCUGGAGAGGAAACUCCGAGACAAAGAGGCAGCCUAUCAGGAGCGUCUAAAAAACUGGGAGCUCAGGGAGAGGAAGAAGGGACGGGACUACGCCAAGGAGUCCGAGAGAGAGGACGAGCGCCGACGAGAAAUGGUGAAAGAGGGCAAGCGGUUGAAGGAGUUCCUCGAAGACUACGACGAUGACAGAGAUGACCCCAAGUACUACAGGGGCAGUGCACUGCAGAAGCGUCUCCGAGACCGAGAGAAGGAGAUGGAGGCAGACGAGCGUGACAGGAAGAGAGAGAAGGAGGAGCUGGAGGAGAUCAGACAGAGGCUGCUAGACGAGGGCCAUCCGAACCCAGACGCAGAGCUACGCAGGAUGGAGGAGGAAGAGGAGGAGCGUCUGAGACAACCUCCCAUCAUCCAAGAGCCGGAGCCCGAGGUGGAACGGGAACGCCACAGGGGUUCACGGGACCACCGUCAGGAACAGGAGCGUCCGGAGCCCCGCUCGCGGCCCGCGCACUCGGACGACGACGUGGAGGAGGGCGAGGAGGACGACUUUGACAACGACGAAGAUAACCCUGAUGUGAAACCGUGCUUGAGGCCCACGAUGAGGCCCAUCACGGCCGCACCCUCGGUGUCGUCGGCCAGCGGCAACGCGUCUCCCAACACGCCCGGAGAAGAGUCGCCCUGCGGCAUCAUCAUCCCCCACGAAAACUCCCCGCCCGAGGCGCUGCCGCAGGAGGAGCACCGGCCCAAGAUCGGGCUCAGCCUCAAACUGGGUGCCACGGGAAGCCCGAGCCAGCCCAACGCAGGCAAGAGGAAGAAGCUGCCCGUGGACAGCGUCUUCGACAAGUUCGACGACGAAGAGGCCGACGAACAGCCUCGCAAGAGGAAGCUGGUGCCUCUGGAUUACGACGACGACAAGAGCCUCGGGGUGGACGGAGCCGGGCUCUCCAGCAUAAAGGGAGCCAACACCGAGGAGAAGCGCAAACACAUCAAGAGUCUGAUAGAGAAGAUCCCCACGGCGAAGCCCGAGCUGUUCUCCUACCCGCUGGACUGGACUAUGGUCGACACGACGUUAAUGGAAAGGCGUGUUCGGCCCUGGAUCAAUAAAAAGAUUAUCGAGUACAUCGGAGAGGAAGAGGCGACGUUAGUGGACUUUGUCUGCUCCAAGGUGAUGGCUCACAGUAUGCCACAGAGCAUCCUGGAUGAUGUUGCCAUGGUUCUCGAUGAAGAAGCUGAAGUCUUCAUCGUGAAGAUGUGGCGGCUGCUCAUUUACGAAACCGAAGCAAAGAAGAUCGGACUGGUGAAAUAAGCAAAACAACCACUGAAUGAAAAUUUUCUUUUUCUAUACACGCAUCAUAGUGUAGCACAGAUAUGUCACCUCCCCUCCCUCCCCUCAAACGAAGCGACUCGUCCGCACCAUACAGACGGUCACUGCAGAUUCUCAUUCACGUCGUUCAGGUCACGUCGGCUCUCCUCCCUCGACAUACUCAGGCUACACUCGCUUCCUUUCUCUGUUUUCAGGUGCUGACUGUGUCGGUGUGCUUCUCUGUAUAUACACUUAUUUGACUACGGUGAAAUGAUUCCUCGAGGAAACUGCUGACAGGACCAUUGUAAGCUUUGUUUGUACACAUGCCAACACUUUUUUUUUUCUGCAAAGACUCCUCUGCAGGAUUGCUAACAAGCAGUCCGUCUACCGGUUUCAUGAACUUUUCUUUGAAGGUGUGAAAUCUGGCUCGCAGUCGGACACAGAUUUUAAAGUAUGCACAACUACAGCAGGGGUGAUUGUUUUUGUUUUUUUACAGGGUUAUUUAUUCAGGGUUUUGGACACAUUUCUGUCGAGUUAUCACAUUUUCCUUGGGUCAAUUUUCCUGAUCACAUUCCUGAUAAACGUGUUGGCAUGUUCUCGUUCUCAGACCAUCUAUAUUAAAAAAACAAACAAACACCAAGUUGUCAUUUGAAAAGUGUCGACCACAGAAUAUCUCGAGUGGUGACAUCCCUGCAGCUGUAAAAGCACACACACACACACGUCAUAACCACUAUAUGAAAAUGAGCUAAGAACGGGAAAUGAUUUGAAGUUGUGAAGAUGCUCUCCAUUUGUUUUUGUAUUGGUGAACAUUUGAAUAAAACUGAUUUUUAUAACUGUU